AUGCAAACCACAACCCUUUUCCAAAGGCUCCUCUGGUCGUGCAUUUACUUGAGCUUCCUCACCUACGCAAUCACUAUGGUGGCCUCACUGUGGGAGAAAUUCUCAACCCACCCCACCGUAACCACCCUGGUCAGCUCCACCUACCCCGUCAGCCAAAUCCCGUUCCCUGGUGUAGCCGUUUGCAGCACAAACAAAAUCAGCAAGAAGCGAGCCCGACUGAUGGCACUCCACAUCGCCAACUUCACCAAACGCGACCCCAAGGAAAUCAUGUCUUUGAUGCGAUACGUGGGCCAGUUGUACGACUUCGAUUUCGAGAUAUCGUCAAUCUCCGAACUGUUAGAGUUCCAAAAUAUUUUAGAUUCGUUGCAGAUUAGUGUGACCGAUCUGGCGAAAACCAUCGCCACUCCGUGCGACGAGCUGCUGCGGAAUUGCUUCUGGCGGGGCUUCGAAAUCAACUGCACCGAUUUUUUUUUCUUAAGGCGGACGCAUCAAGGUUAUUGUUGCGUUUUUAAUUACGUCAAGGCCUCUAACGACGCUACAGUUGUAAUUCCUAAGUAUCCUUUCACCACUGACGCGGGAGUGGAAAAUGGUCUCUACGUGUCGGUUAAUAACUAUCCCCGUGAUUAUUAUUACACGACGAUUUCGGCACCUGGGGUUAUGUUGCACGUUUUUAUUCCGACGGAUUUCCCCGACAAACCAAGUGGAGGUUUGACCGAAAUUUUGACCCAGCCGAACUCGGAAAAUUUUAUUGAAAUCACGCCGACUACCAUGGUUUCGGUUGAUGAGGUCGCCAAGUAUCGCAUCGAAAAGAGGGAAUGCUUAUUCGAUUAUGAACGCGACACCGCUUUCAAUGGUAUUUAUUCCCAAAGCGAUUGUUUUUCAGAAUGUCGAAUGAAAAGUAUAGAUGCCAUGUGCCAGUGUAUUCCUUUUAUGAUUCCUCUUAGCAACAACAACACUGUGUGUACUUUAGCCGACAUUCCUUGUCUCACGAGAUACGCAGAUAAAUGGCACUCACAUUUUCCGGAAGGGGAUACUUCCCUUCAUCUACAGAAAGAAAAGCAAGAUUCGUUGCGUUGUAACCAAAAAUGUUAUCCACCGUGUGCCGAAACCGUCUACGAAGCCUUUGCUAACUCUUUUCCUAUUUUCAAUCAAAAAGAAAAGGAACAAAAUAUUACGCGGAUCUACGUUUAUUAUUUAAAUAGAUUUUCGAAAAUGUAUCGCCAGGACGUCGUCUACUACUGGUUCGAAAUGCUGAGCAAUUUCGGGGGGAUUUUUGGAAUUUUUGUCGGAUGGAGCAUUAUUUCGGUCAUACAGUUAUUUGAUCACUAUUUGAAGACGGCACUAGAAAAACUGCGUAACUCAUAACUGAAGAAAUAAAAACG